AUGUCGCGGCUUCGUAGAGUCCUUGGCGUCGCCGGCCUGCUAGCCGUCAUGAUAGUCGGUUACAUUCUCGGCCGGCCGGUAUACUGGAGCUUGGAAAGCCAGUGGAACGAUUUCCUCGAGUCGCGGGUCGAGGAAGCGACGAAUGUGGACGAGCAAGAUAUGACACCAGCUGUAAGGAGCGGCAGCAAUGCGGUCUUUGCUUCUAACAAGCUGCUGCCUUUUCGCAGCAACGCUGCAUCCGAAUCGUCGGCAGCAGCAUCAGGAUCUUCAGAACCAUCAACAGCAGCACCAGAGGGAGAAGCAGGGGAAAGGAACGCUGAGGCGCAGCCUCAAAUGGGAACAGGAGAGGAGGGCGGAGGGGUUCAGAGCGAGGAGGAGGGAGAGAGGAACAAUUUUCUUGCAGCGCAAAACCUGGGAGGAAGCAGCAAAGCCCUGAGCAAGAACAACAAGGAUGUUACUGGAGAUGGGAAUUUCAGCAGUAGCAGAAAGGGGAUCGUAAACGACGCCUCUGCUGCUCUUGCCGCUGCUUCUGACGAUGCAAUAAAAGCCACUGGAGAUGAAGGGGAGAGUAAUACAACCAGCAAUGACCGGGCAGGUGAAACUUUCGCUCGGGGUGUCCGGCCAAUCAUACACGAGGGAAGGCCGUUGAUUCCGGAGCUGAAGCGACCCAUCUGGGAGAAACCGCCGCCCGGCGGGAAGGUUCCUGGAAAAGAGGAGUUUGCACUGCGGAGGGAGAUGGUUGAGUUCAGAGCGGAAAAGAACGUGGUGGUGGUUACUUUCGCCAACCAUGCGUUUUUGGAUUUCGCGCUCAACUGGGUGAAGCACCUCACCGAUCUGGGAGUGACCAACAUCCUCAUAGGCGCCAUGGACCCUACUAUCUUGGAAGCACUCUACCGGGACGGCGUGCCUGUGUUUGACCUGGAGAGCGGCAUGAGUCCAGAGGACAGCGGGUGGGGCACACCAGUGUUUCAUGCCAUGGGGCGCGAGAAAGUGACUUUGGUGAACGUGUUUCUCUCCAUGGGGGUGGAGCUUCUUAUAUGUGACACCGACACCGUGUGGCUAAGGAACCCACUGCCCUUCAUCGCUCGCUACCCCACAGCAGACGUCCUCACAUCCAGCGACCAUCUAAUCCGCUCAGUUGACGAUGAGUCCCUGGAGAAGUGGCAGCAAGCACAGAGCGCGUACAACAUCGGCAUUCUGCACUUCCGCCCCACCGAUCCAGCCAAGCGCCUGGCACGCGCAUGGGCGGAGCUUCUAGCUACUGACGCCAAGAUAUGGGACCAGAACGGGUUCAAUGAGUUGAUGAGGAAGCACAUGGGGCCGGAUGUAGAUCCUGCUGCAGGGGACCAUCUGUUCUGGGCGUUUGACGGCAGCCUCAAGCUGGGAAUUCUGCCUGUCUCUGUCUUCUGCUCGGGCCACACCUACUUUGUUCAGCAUCUGCACAAGGUGGUGGGUCUAGAACCGUAUGCUCUGCAUGCCACUUUCCAGUUUGCUGGCACCCCAGGCAAGCGCCAUCGCUUCCGAGAGGCCAUGGCCUUUUACGACCCCCCAGAGUACUACGACCCGCCAGGUGGCAUCGUCUCAUUCGUCAAUGACAUUCCUGAGGAGCUGCUGGCGGGCGGCGAUCACACCCUCUCAACGCAUUUCCACUUGGUCAACUAUCAACUGAAGAGCAUUCGAUCUGCUCUAGCCAUUGCCCUCAUUCUCAACCGAACCCUCGUCAUGCCAAGCACGUGGGCUCGAUUCGAUCGCAUCUGGUACCCCCAUAGAGGCAUACUCGAUAACACUGCAACGCCACAGCCGUUCCUCUGCCCACUCGACCAUAUCCUCAAUGUGGACAGGAUGCUUCCGGGGAAGCUUCCAGAAGAGGAGUUCGGCCCAGCAAUAUCCUUCCGGGAAUACUCUUUCCUUGACAACCCUCGUGUCCCAAAAGAGCUCCGAGCCUCCAAGCUCUCUGUGCACAUCUGCAACGACACUGCUCCUAAUUGCCCCACGGAAACGGACGGUCAGGAUCUUCCCAGAGCCCACACACACGAUCUCGUGCUCAGGAGAGGCGUACGAGAGAAGCAGUUGAGGGAUGCAUUAUCGCGCUUUUCAGAUGUGAAGUGGAUCGAAUUCAGUUCUCUGCACGGCGUGUUCGGUGGAUGGGAUGACAAGGAGCUUGAGAAGAAAUUCAGAUGGAGAUUGCGGCACUACACAGGCAUCUGGUGCUGCGUGCAUGCCCAUCCAGGCCAUAUCUACUACAACUUCUUCUGGGAUGAAGUCAACGUCUUUUCGCGAUCUGGAAAAGAGAUCGUCAAAGGCGGCCUCCAACUUCCGGAUGAGGCCACUGUAGCAGAUCUCCAGAAAGCCCUUCACAAAACGAAUAAAAAAUGGUAUCCUGCAAGGCAGAGAUUCACUCUCCCAGCGCCGGCAUCAGGUGCCAAACCCGUCGUUCUGGACGCCAAGAAGAGGCUCGCGGAUUACUCCACUGGAACCACAUUGGACGUCGUCUUUAAGGAUCUCGGCCCUCAGAUCGGCUUUAAGACGGUCUUCUUCUGGGAAUACUUCGGCCCUCUGGUCCUCUACUCGCUCUUUUACUUCUUCCCGCAAGUGUUCUAUGUGGACGGUGCCAAGAGGAAACUUAAAGAUGUCCAGACCUACGCACUCAUCUACUGGUCCUUCCACUACACGAAGCGCAUUCUUGAGACUUUUUUCGUCCACCGGUUCAGCCAUGGCACGAUGCCGCUUCAGAACCUGUUCCGUAACUGCGGUUACUACUGGACUUUCGCAGCUUUCGUCUCGUUCUUUGUGAACCACCCGCUGUACACGCCCGUCAGCGAGACCCAGAUGUUGAUCGGAUUCGGCAUCGCUAUAGUCAACCAGCUCUCCAACCUCUACUGUCACAUCAUUUUGAGGAACUUGAGGUCCGGCUCGAGCUCAGGGUACCAGAUCCCUUCGGGCUUCCUGUUCAACUUCAUCACGUGCGCCAACUACACGACGGAGAUCACGGCGUGGCUGGGCUUCAACAUCGCCACGCAGACCGUCGCCGGCUACCUCUUCAUGCUCGCCGGCACCAUGCAGAUGGCCGAGUGGGCCCUCGCCAAGCACAAGCGCCUCGUCAAGCUCUUUGACGGAAAGGAGGGCCGUCCCAAGUACCCUCGACGAUGGAUCAUGUUCCCUCCUUUCUUCUAA